AUGUUGAGGGACCCCUCCGGAUUCAGAGGCAGCUCCGAGGGGCCCACCGGUGAGAAAUACCUUGGUCAGCGAGGCCCUGAGGUCUACGAGGACAAACCCGUCGUCCCCGUGGAGAUCCAGAGGAAAAGGAGAGGCUGCAGAGGUGCUCCCCAACGGCCCCGCCCCCAGCUCCUCCUGCCUCUUCAGGUGCUCCCCAACGGCCCCGCCCCCAGCUCCUCCUGCCUCUUCAGGUGCUCCCCAACGGCCCCGCCCCCAGCUCCUCCUGCCUCUUCAGGUGCUCCCCAACGGCCCCGCCCCCAGCUCCUCCUGCCUCUUCAGGUGUUCACCAACGGCCCCGCCCCCAGCUCCUCCUGCCUCUUCAGGUGUUCCCCAAUGGCCCCGCCCCCAGCUGCUCCUGCCUCUUCAGGUGCUCCCCAACGGCCCCGCCCCCAGCUCCUCCUGCCUCUUCAGGUGCUCCCCAACGGCCCCGCCCCCAGCUCCUCCUGCCUCUUCAGGUGCUCCCCAACGGCCCCGCCCCCAGCUCCUCCUGCCUCUUCAGGUGCUCCCCAACGGCCCCGCCCCCAGCUCCUCCUGCCUCUUCAGGUGCUCCCCAACGGCCCCGCCCCCAGCUCCUCCUGCCUCUUCAGGUGCUCCCCAACGGCCCCGCCCCCAGCUCCUCCUGCCUCUUCAGGUGCUCCCCAAUGGCCCCGCCCCCAGCUGCUCCUGCCUCUUCAGGUGUUCACCAACGGCCCCGCCCCCAGCUCCUCCUGCCUCUUCAGGUGUUCACCAACGGCCCCGCCCCCAGCUCCUCCUGCCUCUUCAGGUGCUCCCCAACGGCCCCGCCCCCACCUCCUCCUGCCUCUUCAGGUGCUCCCCACCGGCCCCGCCCCCAGCUCCUCCUGCCUCUUCAGGUGCUCCCCAACGGCCCCGCCCCCAGCUCCUCCUGCCUCUUCAGGUGCUCCCCAACGGCCCCGCCCCCAGCUCCUCCUGCCUCUUCAGGUGUUCACCAACGGCCCCGCCCCCAGCUCCUCCUGCCUCUUCAGGUGCUCCCCAACGGCCCCGCCCCCAGCUCCUCCUGCCUCUUCAGGUGCUCCCCAACGGCCCCGCCCCCAGCUCCUCCUGCCUCUUCAGGUGCUCCCCAACGGCCCCGCCCCCAGCUCCUCCUGCCUCUUCAGGUGUUCACCAACGGCCCCGCCCCCAGCUCCUCCUGCCUCUUCAGGUGUUCACCAAUGGCCCCGCCCCCAGCUGCUCCUGCCUCUUCAGGUGCUCCCCAACGGCCCCGCCCCCAGCUCCUCCUGCCUCUUCAGGUGCUCCCCAACGGCCCCGCCCCCAGCUCCUCCUGCCUCUUCAGGUGCUCCCCAACGGCCCCGCCCCCAGCUCCUCCUGCCUCUUCAGGUGCUCCCCAACGGCCCCGCCCCCAGCUCCUCCUGCCUCUUCAGGUGCUCCCCAACGGCCCCGCCCCCAGCUCCUCCUGCCUCUUCAGGUGCUCCCCAACGGCCCCGCCCCCAGCUCCUCCUGCCUCUUCAGGUGUUCACCAACGGCACCGCCCCCAGCUCCUCCUGCCUCUUCAGGUGCUCCCCAACGGCCCCGCCCCCAGCUCCUCCUGCCUCUUCAGGUGUUCACCAACGGCCCCGCCCCCAGCUCCUCCUGCCUCUUCAGGUGUUCACCAACGGCCCCGCCCCCAGCUCCUCCUGCCUCUUCAGGUGUUCACCAAUGGCCCCGCCCCCAGCUGCUCCAGCGGUCAGACAGGAUGAAGAGACGGCCAGGGGCGGCCGGCGCCUGUGUCCGAUCGCCCGCCUGCGGAGCCGGGCCUGGAGGCUGGGCCGCUGUGUGGGGGAACCGUCCACCACGGCGGCGGCGCUGGGCGCCGUGCCGGGCAGGGGGCCCCCGCGGCGGCCCCAGCCCUCCUCGCCCGGCUCGGAGACCUCCAGAGACUCUCAGUGA